AUGGCUAUGAUCAUCAAUCACUGCGCAACCCUACUACUUAUCUCUCUUUUCUUGUUAAUAUUAUCGUUUGGGUUAUCGAAUGCAGCCGCAACUUAUAAUGUGAUGAAAUAUGGGGCAAAAGCAGAUGGGAUCACAGACUCAACCCAAGCAUUUCUCAAGACAUGGGCAGCAGCAUGCAGCUCUCGCCAGACAGCCUUCAUGUACGUCCCCAAAGGAAGGUUCUUGCUGAAAGCUGCAGUAUUCAGAGGCCCUUGCAAGAGUAGGGUUCUGGUUCAGAUAGACGGAACUCUCAUUGCCCCUACUGAUUAUCGCGCUUUGGGAAACUCCGGCUACUGGAUCUUGUUCAUUAAGAUCAAUGGACUUGGCGUUUACGGUGCUAAACUCGAUGCCAAGGGAGCUGGCUUUUGGGCUUGCCGGAAAUCUGGAAAGAGCUGCCCUGUUGCAGCUAGGUCGAUAACGUUCAAUUGGGUAAACAACCUUGUGAUAAGUGAUUUAGUAUCCAUAAACAGCCAGGAAACUCAUCUUGUGAUCAACAGCUGCAAAAAUGUGGUGGUUCGAAACGUUAAGCUGUCUGCUCCGGCCGACAGCCCCAACACUGAUGGCAUUCAUGUGCAGGGCUCAACUUGGGUUACUAUCACCGGUGCAACAUUGAUGACCGGAGACGAUUGUGUAUCGAUUGGUCCGGGCACCAAACACCUCCACAUGAACAAAAUCAUGUGCGGCCCAGGACAUGGUGUAAGCAUUGGUAGUCUAGGCAAGGAUGUGAAGGAAGCUGGGGUGCAAGAUGUGACGUUGACGAAUGCAGUUUUCAGUGGAUCGGAUAAUGGAGUACGAAUAAAGACAUGGGCAAGAGCCAGCACUGGGUUUGUGACCAACAUUCUCUUUCAGAACAUCGUGAUGAGGAAUGUUAAGAACCCCGUCAUCAUCGAUCAGAACUAUUGCCCAAGUAAAAACUGCCCUAACCAGAGUUCUGGUGUGAAGAUUAGUCAGGUGACAUACAAGAACAUACAAGGGACGUCGGCGACGGCGGAGGCAGUGACAUUUGAUUGCAGCCCAAGUAACCCAUGCAGAAGGAUAAAAUUGCAGGACAUCAAGCUUACGUACCUGAAUAAGGUAGCCACAUCUUCAUGCAACAACAUUGAUGGAACCAGCACCGGAGUACUCAUGCCCCAGAGUUGCGUCAGAAGUUGA